AUGUUAUUCCGUGGAGUCACAGCUCACUGCAUCAGCAAGACCAACACCUUGUACCUGAACGAGACGGCAUCACCUUCACCUGGGCCUCCCCAUGGCCCUCCGUCUGCCCUGAACGAUGCAGCAGGUACCCCACCAGCCCUUACCCCACGCCCAACCAAGCCCCUGCUGCUAAUGAUUCCCUGGUUGGGGUCGCGACCCCAGGCUGUGGCCAAGUACUGUGAGAUCUAUUUCCGUAAAGGCCUCGACGUGUUCAUAGUGGCGAGCGAGGUGCGGAAUGGGUUAAAGUUUAAAGAGGAAACGUCAUACUCUCUCUGCUCUCCUUUCUGUCUAAAACACCUCAGAUCCCCCCUCCUCUGCUCAGUUACUGUGGCCGUGCUGGGGUCUAGACUAUGGAGCAAGGGUACUAGAUGUCCUGCAGAGUGACCGCUUUGUGUCACGCCCCCUGCUCGUGCACACCUUUUCCAUAGGAGGGACACCUUUACCCAGCUACUUGUGCACGUGUCCCACGACUCACGGAAGUACCACGGCUAAACUAAGAGGAUCAGAGGCCACAUCUAUGACAGCCUAG